CAAUGCUCCACUGUCCUUCUCAUCCAAAGUAUGCUACAUAAAAUAUCGAGAACCUUCCAGUGUUGGGGUGGCGCAACAUUUAACCAACACAGUAUUUAUUGACAGAGCUUUGAUAGUUGUACCAUGCGCUGAGGCUGUUCCAUUUUUCCUUAAAAGAGUGGUGUUCUUGCAUCCCCUCUUCCUUUUGAUUUCUCAUUUCUGAAAAUGCUUGUCCUGGUGACUUGGUGCUGGAUGGAUACUGAGUUUAUUAAUUUGGUUUUGUAUGUUUUUUUCUGUGUGAUUAUGUGUGCAUAUCAGAUGACUAGACUGGCCCAGCUGGUACACUACACUAGCCUGAGUAAGGCAUUGUUUGCCAACCCACUUUUCCCGCUGGGGCCGCAGACUUCAAUGGGGGAAUGUGACCAGGAGAAUAGCAGCUGAAUCCUUCCAAGAUGGACACCUUGUCUCUUUUUAUUUUGUUUUCAUUUCUUUUCUUAUUUUAUUUGUUGUCCCUUGUUUUCCUCUAGAGAAAAACAAUAUUGCAUUUUCAUAGCAUUGUUUUAUAUUUUAAUUUAGUUUUUAAAAAAUAUAUAUUUUUUUUAUCCGAAGUUUCAUUACUCCAAUAAUUGGUUCCUCACGUGUUUGUCUUGAGUAUUGUCCAGGUUUACAUGACCGCCAGUAUUCAAGGGGAGGGAAGGGUGCUGUUUAUUCUGUGUGGGCUGCAAUGAAGGGAACUAACAUUUUUCUCUCUUUUCCCCUUCACUCGUUUUUUAUUAAUAUGAUCAGGGUUUCACCUGUGUUAACUUUAGUAUUGGGGAGUUAUAUCCCAAUAUUGCUCUAUAAUUAACAUUUUUAAUCUUUCCUAGUGUGGAAAAAUAUAUUUUUCUGUACACCUUCCUUUAACAAAAGUUAAACCCUAGUUAAACCCUGAUCAGCUUUAGGUAAGGAGUUGGAAAUUCCCAGAUCAUCACAUUUUAAGGAACGUGUUGAAGUGGUGGCACCUAUUAGAGUUAGUUUGCUUGCAUGACUCUAUGCUGCUAGUUCUUCAUUGAGGCUCAUUGAAUUGGAUGAACAAGUGUAUUCAUUCUUAAGUAUGAGCCAUUUCCACCGUGUGAUUAAGAACAGCACACAUUGGGUCUAAACAGGCUUUUAGUAGCAGAUCAUUUAGUUUUAAAUACAUUUUUGUAGCUCAGGCUUUAAUUCUUAAACCUCACUGAUCCUUUACCUUAGGCCAAUCUUGUUGCCUUUCUAAGAUUUUCAGCUCAGAAUGCAUAAAGUGGCUUGCAUGUGUUUGGGGGUUUGGCUCUGACUGCACGGACCAGACAUAACGCAAACUCUAUUCUUCCAUCCCCACUCCCCUACCCCCAAACUGCAGGAGGGCAGUAAACCACACAACCUGUGAAGAAAGUUCCAUAUUUUUUUAUUUUUCAUUUGGUUUUUUUGUUUGUUUUGGUUUACAUAUGGGGGUAUUUCAACGAUUCUUAAAAAAUGUUCUUCUUUUCUGUAUCCGAUGUUCUGUGUGCUAUUAGUGAUGCAGCCAACAUGAACGCUUGUCUUGUGUUGCACACCUUUCCAACACUGCGAAACGAUCGCCCCACGGAAAAAGCGCCCAUGCUUGAUAUCGUAUGGUUCAUGACCAAUAUGUUUCCAGUACAGGCAAAAUCCCCGAGGAGGCCAAGGCCUUGUCGCUCUUGGCUCCGGCCGCUCCUGUUGCCAAUUUGAUGCCUGGAGGGGGGCUCUUGCCCAUCCCCACCCCGGCUCCACUCCCGAAUCUGAAUAUCCCGAUCAACAACCUGACGCCAGUAUCGGCAGGCAUCGACCCCGCUGCGACAGCCCUGGGGGGGGUUUCUGCUCAGCCCCCACUCAUGGGCAAUGUGGACCCCUCUAAAGUCGAUGAAAUCAGAAGGACCGUUUAUGUUGGCAACUUGAAUUCACAGACCACCACGGCGGAGCAGCUGCUGGAGUACUUCAAGCAGGUGGGGGACGUGAAGUUUGUGCGCAUGGCGGGGGACGAGACCCAGCCCACGCGCUUCGCCUUCGUGGAGUUCGCCGACCAGGAGUCCGUGGCGCGGGCCCUGACCUUCAACGGGGUCAUGUUCGGAGACAGGCCCCUAAAGAUUAAUCAUUCCAACAACGCCAUCGUCAAGCCGCCGGAGCUGACGCCGCAGGCCGCCGCCAAAGAGCUGGAGGACGUGAUGAAGAGGGUCCGGGAGGCGCAGUCCACCAUCGCCGCCGCCAUCGAGCCGGUGAUUCUGUCGCUGAAUUGGUCUGUUCCUGUUGCAGAAGACGUUGCACCGAAGCGUUCCAUGAGCAGUUCCAGGAGGAGUCGGCGGUCCCGCUCCCGGUCCCGGUCCCGCUCGCGCUCGCGGCGAAAGCGCUCGCACUCCAGACACAGGAGCCGGCCGACUCGGCCGAAACCCAGCGACUCCCACGGCUCCCGGAGCUCUCACAAGAAACGGUCCCGCUCCAGAGAACGGAGGCACUCCCGCAGCCGCUCCAGGGACAGGCGGAAAGAUAAGGACGGAAAGGCGAGGGGAAAGGAGGAGAGCUCCAGGGACAAGGAGGAGAGGAGGCCGAGGGACAAGAGGGGCAGGACCCCGCCGAAGAGCUACAGCUCGUCCCGCCGGUCCCACAGCCCCGGCAGAGCGCAUAAGAAGAGGAGCAGAACUCGGUCCAGGUCUCCCAGGAGGAAAGUGAGGUCUCCGUCCCCGAGGAGGGGGAAGAAGGACAAGAAGCGGGAGAAGACCAGGGGCAGUAGUCGGGACAGGUCAGAAAGGGAGCGCUCGACGUCCAAGAAGACCAACAGAGACAAGGACAAGCAGGACAGGAAAGCCAAACUCAUAAAGGUGGAGAGGGACUACGACAGGGAGGAGAAGGAGUACGAGAGCGAGCGGGGGGACUCGGCCAGCGCCGGGGAGGAGCCCGAGCCCACGGCCCGGCACAACGGCAACUACAGCAGGCACGGGGAGGACGCGCCCGUCACCUCCGCGGCGGCCGAGUGACAGGGCGGCGAGCCCCGCCCACUCCAGCCCCCGCCAUGGGGGAGGGGCAACCCGCGCCCUCGUCUGUACAAGCUGACAUUCAAAGAAGAAGAAAUGCAGAACUGUAGAGAAAGCCAACUGAAUUUUCUUUUUUAAACUACUGUGAAACGGCUGGCCAUAUGAUAUUCAUAUGGUGAAACGGGCAUAAACGUACACAGGCUUUUUUUGUCAAUCGAUAGAACAUGCAAGCUUAUCUCAGUAAGAGCUGUACUGACUACUUAAAAAAAAAACAAAAAAAACAUGCUUGUACUGCUUUGUUGUUUUUGGUAUUUGUGCUACCUUUGUCCAUGAAACCUUUUUUUUUUUCUUUGUCAUUUUCUUUUUGCCGUGCUGGGACUGCUCUUUUUUGUUGUUUUUGUUUUAAGGUCAGCCAUUUUAUUCAGGCGUAACGCUUGUCCCUUUCUGCCACUCCAGGUUAUCAGAACUGGGAUGGUUUUACUCUUUUUAAUCAGAAUUUGAAAAGCUACUUCUAGGGAGAGACUUGUGGUUUCAUUUUUACCCCUCACUCAAAAUACAAGUUCUUUCCAGCUUUGGUGUUGGAGAAAAAAUACCUUCUGCCCUGUUGUUCCCUGUGCAUUUAUUGUACCACCUACCAAAUAUUUAUUAUAAAACAAUCAAGAAAGUUUGGGGAACUGUACACGCGCGUGCACACACCACACACGCGCGCGCGCACACACACCACACACGCGCACACCACAUACACAGAGGAAUGAGUCGUUGGAACUGCUUGCAAGCACAUGAAACACAAGUGCCUAGACGGAGAUUGUACACAAAUCUACUGUAAUGAAAUACACUUGGUAAUCUAUUACAUAAAUAAAGCAAAACAAUAUUGUACAGUAAAACUGGGCGAGGGUGAAAGAACUGUGCUCUAACAAUCUUUAAACGUAAGUGAUGAGUGCUCUGUUCUGUGCGUAGAACAGUGUGGUCAGGGUCUGUGUACAGGUGGUUGGUGUACAGACGCUGUUCUGGUUUUUUUACCCCAUGUAUUUAUGCUAUAGGAGGUCAUUCAUUGUAAAUCAGGGUUUUAAAAUGACUCAUUCAGUCUUGUAAUUUUUUCAUUUUUAACCGACUUCAGUGUUUUGUUUCUUCCGGUGGCCACUCAAAACGCCCAUAGUGAGCACGAUCAGUGGUGACCCCCCCUUAACCCAAGUUGCGUUUAUCUUGCGUCUGAUGGACGUUUCCCUGGAUUACUGAAACACUGCUCUAAGCCUCAGUGAACUCUCUAAGGCUCUCUGGUCGCGUCCUGUGUGAAUCCCUCUCUCUCGGCUCUGAGAACGCGAGCCGCUCUCUGUCUGAAGCGUGUUAGACAACACUACGUUUGUACAAUACAAGUAGCUCACUUCUGUUGUCAUCCAAAAACCCCUCCCCCGCCCUCCUAUCAAUAUGUUUGAAGCUGUCUGAAAUAUCAGCCGGGGCGUUGUGUUGGCUUACAUAAUUCAUAAUUCAUAAUUAUGUGCUCGUGAAGUGUGGGUUAGACGUAGGGAGGCAUAUGUGUGGCGGCAGUGUGAGAUGAGAAGGGAUGACUUAGACGCUGUGCUGAAGAGUCCUCUCUGACUCAUGUAUUUGGUUUUGUAGUGAAUGAAAGUGUUGGAUAUCAGUAGUUUGUGCACCUCCUAACCUGUAAUUUUGACAUAAGUGUCUAUCUUUGGUUGCAAUAUGGAUUUUCCUAACUGAAAUGUACAUUAAAGAAGCUUUGCUUCACGGUU